CUGACGUAAGGCGUUACGCUCUUAAAGAUGGCGGCGCCCUGUUUGGGUUAGUGUGUUGUGAAACAGACCUGGUAGCUCCUGCAGCGACGCUAAACCCGUUUUAUGAGUAGCUUUUGUGUUUGUUGGGCUUUUUAAAACAGCGUGCGGACAGCCGUGGGUUGCGUUAAGCAUGCGAAGCAGCAGAGAAGGUUUUUUAAAUAAAGUAGCCGCACGGUUCUAGUUGAGAGGUUAGGACAUGUUUCCAGCGCCGGGGUCGCGUCUGACCGGCCGCUUGCUGUCCGUGUCCGUCCGUGGACUGAGACGUCUGAGCCUGUUCUCCAGCUCGGAGUCCUCCUCCACCUGGAGCAAAGUGGUGUCGGACGCGGAGAAGAUCGUCGGGUAUCCCACGUCGUUCAUGAGUCUGCGCUGCCUGCUCAGCGAUGAGCUCAGCAACGUGGCCAUGCACGUCAGGAAGCUGGUGGGGACCCAGCACCCCUUACUCAACACUGCCAGAGGCUUCGUCUACGACAGCAAGAACAAUCUUCAGAUGAGAGGACUGAUCGUGCUGCUCCUCUCCAAAGCUGCAGGACCCAGCCAUGCAGCUUCAGAUCCGCUAACUCAGGACAUGGUCAGCGGCAUCUACCCAAGCCAGAGGAACCUGGCAGAAAUCACAGAGCUGAUCCACACUGCUUUCCUGGUGCAUCGAGGGAUUGUAAACCUGAAGGAGUGGACCGUCUCGGACGGACCACUGAAGGACAUGGAGUUUGGGAAUAAGAUGGCUGUCCUGAGCGGCGACUUCCUGCUGGCGAACGCUUGUACCGGACUGGCCCAGCUCAAUGACACGAAG